AAAAAAAAAAAAACAAUUUCCUGCGCAGGUAGUAUAUAUAUAAUCAACAAACAUCUUUGCCUCUUCUCCAAGUAUCCUAAAGUAAAUCCUAAAGUAAACCCUAAACCAAACCCAUGGCGUCCAGGAGAUUAUCCAAGUCUGCUUCGGUAGCCAUCAAGACUCAAUAUACUUUUUCAAGACCCUCUCGAGCUAUCUCUACCUGUGCUCACUUCAGCUCACGUUCCUCUUCCAAUUCCUUUCUUUUCCGACCAAAUUCCUUCAUCCGAAACGGCUUCCCUUCGGUCACUCAAAUCGAAGCUCAUGGCCAACUGUUCCCUAUUUCUUUUCAGUUCCCUUCUCCGCGCCACUUCGCAUCUUUGACUAAUCAAAAUGGAGCACUUGAUAACUAUGGAACUGAUUUAACUGAAUUGGCUAGACAAGAGAAAUUCGAUCCUGUCAUUGGACGGAAUGACGAAAUUAGGCGCUGCAUCCGGAUAUUAUGCAGGAGAACAAAAAGCAACCCUGUUAUUGUUGGUGAACCUGGUGUAGGCAAAACUGCUAUUGCAGAAGGGUAAGGCUAAUUGCAAUUAUAUCUAGAAAACUUUACUGAGAGAUUUUUGACCUAGUGUCUCUUUAGGUUGGCCCAACGAAUUGUAAGCGGGGAUGUCCCUGAACAUCUCUUGAAUCAGAAGGUUCUUUCUAAGAAUUUUAAUAUUGCUCUAGUUUUCUUUUCGGCCUACGAAAGAUUUUAACAUUCUUGGCUUGGUUACUAAAUAUGAUGUAGUUGGUA